CAUUCUCCCUCUUCAGUUCUUCAUCACUCCACUCUCCUUCCCAUUCCCACUUUCCAAUCAUCCAAAUUGAAAGCCAAAAAAUAAUGGCAUCUUCAUUAUCCACAAGUACAUACCAUCCAAUUUGUAGUUCCCAAAUUUCCAGACAAAAAAAUCAAACCAAUUGCAAUCUGUCAUCUUCAUUUUUAUCAUCAAUCCCAUUAUCCCCCAAUUCAAACUUAUCUGUUCAGUUCCGUUACAACAAACAACACUCUUGUUGCCCUGCUAUCCUCAGGCCUCUUACUGUCAAAGCCAUGGCCCCACCUAAACCUGCUGGCAAAGCCAAAAAAGUGACUGGAAUAAUUAAGCUGGCGCUAGAAGCAGGGAAGGCAACACCGGCGCCACCGGUUGGUCCGGCGUUGGGUUCAAAGGGAGUUAACAUUAUGGCUUUUUGUAAGGAUUAUAAUGCCAGGACUGCUGAUAAAGCUGGUUAUAUCAUCCCUGUUGAAAUCACCGUUUAUGAUGAUAAAAGUUUCACAUUUGUGUUGAAGACACCCCCUGCUUCAGUUUUGCUUCUUAAAGCUGCAGGAGUGGAUAAAGGUUCUAAAGACCCACAGAGGGAAAAAGUGGGAAAAGUUACUGUUGAUCAGUUACGUGUAAUUGCAGCAGAAAAAUUGCCAGAUUUGAAUUGCACGACCAUCGAAUCAGCAAUGAGGAUCAUAGCAGGAACUGCUGCUAAUAUGGGCAUUGAUGUUGAUCCCCCGAUCCUUGAAAAAAAAGUCAAGCAACUCCUCUAGUUUAUUUUGCUGAUGCCUUGUUUCAGGUUUGAGUAAUGUAGCAGUAUCUUGAAUGCAAAUAUGGCUGUAUUCCUUAUCUUAUUUCUUUUAGCUUCACAUUUUGGUAUGAAUAUAGAGAUGGCUAUCCAGUAAAACACACUGCCAAAGAAUGGCUUUCUUUAAGAGGUGGAACACAAAUUUAUCAACGAAUCUCCUGUUGGUAAAGAUUAUGUUGAUUUCUAA